AUGGCGGAGUUUCCGCCGCUGGCUCCGGUGCCCUCCCCCGCAGUGCGGAGGACAAUCCCAUCAAAUGACUGGGAAGCCUGUCUAGAUGCAUGGAUGGCCCUGUUGGGGAUCCGCCUGAAUGCAUCAGAUCAACAGUUUAAGGUUGCAGCACCCGAAGAUGCAUCAAUACCCCCAUUCCUAGGAUCUUAUUAUCAAUACACGGCUGCGGGGGAUUCUAGUCUACAAAGUGGACCUAAAGCUCGACAACUUAGGAAGCUCUGCUUCCUGGCGACAAGAAGAUAUAUACUGGAUCUCUCUAACCCACCAGACGGAAUUAUGGACUGGAAACUUCUCGGAAAUCUAUCUUGCUGUUACCCUUCAAGCGCAACCUUGAAGACGUCAUUAUCAAGUGCCUGGGACCUACAUGGUGACAAGAUCACUUCUAGUAUCGAGAGAGCAAAAGCUGUUGUGAUCAAGAACAUCUCUUCAGCCAACUCUUCUUCAAACCCUGAAGUCAUUUCUGACAUCCGGCGUCUGACCAUCCUUGCUUCGGUGCUGCCAGCAUGUGGCCAGGAGCUCAUAGCGGGCUCCGACUUCCUGGAUGCGAUAGCGGAAGCCUACCAAUCGAAAGGUUACCGGGAGGAGUUCCGAAAGAUUUUGGUUGCUAACAUCUAUGUCGGGCUCGUCUCCUUACUGAAGGAGCCUGUCAAUUUGUCCUCGUUAUUGGAUCAGCUCUUCAGCCUCAAAGCUACUGCUCGGGUGGGAGCACCGAAAAUGAAGAAAGAGCCAACUCUACUAUCUGAUCUCAUCUGCAGCUCGGACAUACUUCUUCGGCUGGACAAGUAUCUGAGCAUUCACCCCCAGAAACGGGGGCAAGACCUCCUUGCCAGUUUGCGCACCUACCAGAUGGAAUCGAAGUCACUACACCAUCGGUAUCAAAGACGUAAGAAGUUGGACAAGGGAAAAGAGGUGUCCUCGGACCCGAUUGUUUCAGGAGAGCUUCACGCACACAAGAUGUCACUUGUUACUCAAGUACAAGAUCUCUUCCCCGAUCUUGGCUCAGCUUUUGUCGUACGGCUACUGGAUUUCUACAACGACAACCCUGAAACUAUCGUCGCCCACCUUCUCGACGACUCACUUCCCCUGGAGCUCCAGUCUCUAGAUCGAUCUGAGCAACUGCCUGCCCCAGCAGAACCUCACCAUAGCCAUCUCCCACUGCAACCAACACCACCCGUCAUGCCAUCACCUAAAUUCGCACCACUCCCAGUUCGCAAGAAUAUCUUCGAUGAAGACGUUGACAUCGCCGAACUAAGCCGCUCCGGCGAAGCGAAGGGCAAACUACACUUCGGCCGCGCCGGCGCAGACCAAACAGCCGACACCCUCCUCUCAGAUCACAGCAAACACGCCGCAAACAAAGCAGCGAUUCUCUCCGCCCUAGCAACUUUUGACUCAGAUGACGACGAACGCGACGACACCUACGAUACAGCCGAUGUAGGCGGUGCCAUUGACGGAGCCGCAGGUGGCGCAGACGGCGAAGCCGAAGCAGUCCAGCGCGAACGCCGGGCAGCAGAUAUGGAAACAGUCCUCUUCCGAACCUACAAGUCUAAUCCAGGACUUUUCGCCCGCGACUCAGCGACCCGCCGCUCACAGCCACGCGCGUCGUUGAAGCGCGAGACUGAAAUGACUGACGAGGCCAUUGAGGGCUGGGCUGUCAUGCUAACGCGUGAUCCCAAGCGUCUCGCUAAACUAGAAGACCGGCUAGCUAUGGACGCUGGUGGGUUGGCUGGUGCUGGGUCAUUAAACCAGCCUGAGUUGCGUCCUACAUCUUACAGGAGGCCGCAGCCCCGUGAGGAUGGAGAUGAUUCUGAUGAGGGCGAGUCUUCUGGCCAUGCUGGCUCACGUGGUGGUAGAGGGGGUGGUGGACGUGGACGAGGACGGGGUAGCGGCGGCCGAGGCCGUGGACGUGGUGGUGGACCUCCGUCUGGCGGCCAGGGGCAGCCGGACACCGCGGCAUCGAGACAGAGGAAGGAAGAGAACAAGAGUAGUCAGGCAAAUCACAACCGUCGACAGCAGCGCGCGAAGAAGAUGGCGCGUGGCGGUGGGUUGCCUGGCUAA